ACAGAGAAACGAAGGUGCUGUGAAGGCGAUCUUGUCUUUAGGUGUCUACAUCACAUCACAUCACAUCCUCGUGUUUCCCAGUGUGACUUUUUGGAUAUUUCCGACAGUAUCCUGAAGGCAGCACCUCCGGCCGCUCCUCCGCCCUCCUCAUCUCGGUCUGGGAGGUCCGUGUGGACGCAGCAGUGUCUCAGACAUACAAACCUGCGACUGUGUUCCGAGCUGUCUACAGACGGACCGUUUCCACACAAGAUGAUGUGGAGUGUAGUGAUCUUGCUGGCUGCUGCCUUCAGUGUGGAGUCCUACACUGUCCAUGACCAUGAGCGUUUGGCCCAUGGUCGCCAGCUGAAGAUCUUUCUGUCCAAGAAUGCGGAGAAGCUGGAGUUCACCCCAGCAGAUGAUCCCAGCAAGACCUUCCUGUACUGGGAGAAAGGCAGACUCAGGAUGAGCAAAGGCCGAGUGUCUGGCACAGGUAGUGACCGACGCUGGUACAUCGACAAGGUGACUUAUGAGGACCAGGGGACGUACAUCCAGAGAGACUUCUGGAAUAAAGAGAUCUCCACUUUCAAAGUGGCCGUCACACCCAGACAUAACUAUGUGAAGUGUGUAGCAGGAGAGAGUCUUUACAUCUCACUGGAGGGCAUUGACCUGGCUGAUGCUAGCCUCUCCUUCUCUGGAGAGGCUGCCAACGUUACACUGGUGCGUGAUGGUGCUCGGAUGUCCCAGGACCUUGUGGAUUACUGGGAUCGGGUCCAGACCCACUCCAUGAACAUUGAGAUCAGGAAUGUGAAUUUCAGUGAUCAGGGACAUUACAUCCUGAGAAACCGCAGAGACAGGGUGGUGUCUGUAACUAGGAUGGACCUGACAGACCACCAUGAGUACACAGGAGGAAACCCUCUCAUGGCUCUGCUCCUUCUCCUGGGCAUCCCAGCUGGGAUUUGCUGCUGCUGUCGGAAGAAGAUUUUCAAGAAGAAAGCCAACACUGCUGCAACACUACAGACUCUUCCUUCCACUGGUCCUGUUGGACCUUCUCCUCCCUACAGUGGUCCGGGACAACCUGGAGCGGUUUAUUACCCCAGCCCUAACCCUAACAUGGGUCCUACAGUCCAUCCUCCCCCUCCGACCGCCGGCCCAGGACAGUGGACUGGUCCCCCACCCUCCCCAGGUAUUAUCCCAGCUUACCCACCCUACAACCCUGCCUACCCUCCUGCUGGUCCAGCCAUGAUCCCCCCUGGGCAGCCUCCACAGUGGAACAAUCCACCCCCGGGCCAGUACCCCCCCGGACCUGUCGCUCCAAUGGGCUAUGCUCCAGCUCCAGUCAUGUACAGCUCCGCUCCUCCAGAAGCAGCCAGUGAACCUGUCAAAGAAGAAGUGAAGAUGGAGAACAUGGCGUCCUCACCUGCUGACCCCUUGCUGAGUGCGGCACCACAGUUGUCAGUUGGACUCAACACGACCCAUGUGAAAAAUCAGAAAACAGAAAAUGCUAACCUGGUCAGAGCUGCAUCCUCUCCUGUGGCUCCUGUGCCUCCCUCCUCCACCAACACUCUCAGCUCCUCUGAUGCUCCCUACCAGUUCAAGAUCGACGGAAAAGACAGCUCCACCAACUUCCUGUAG